AGCGGCUUCUCCCCGCCCCUCGUGGGCUCCGCCCCGCAGCGGCAGGAUCCGAGGACAUCUUUUUUCGCAGUCCGCUGUGUGCUGUCCUGAUGGCCCCCUACGAGGAGGUGAGAGUGUCGGGCUUCGAGGAGUUCAACCGGGCUGUGGAACAGCACAAAGCCAAGACCAUUUUCGCCUACUUCACCGGUUCGAAGGACGCCGAAGGGAAAAGCUGGUGCCCCGACUGCGUGCAGGCUGAACCAGUUGUUCGAGAGGGGCUGAAGCACAUUUGUGAAGGAUGUGUGUUCAUCUACUGCCAAGUAGGAGAAAAACCUUAUUGGAAAGAUCCAAAUAAUGACUUCAGAAAAAACUUGAAAGUAACUGCAGUGCCUACACUACUUAAAUAUGGAACACCUCAAAAACUGGUAGAAUCUGAGUGUCUUCAGGCCAAUCUCGUGGAGAUGUUGUUCUCUGAAGAUUAAGACUUGAUGAUGGCAAUUGUAUCAUGAUUUCCUGAUUUACUUUAGUAUAAAAGAAACUGCAACUUGUUUUGAAUUCAUGUUAGGAAUAAAUAAAUAAAUGAUGUUAAAAACAACUGGUAUGUAUCUAAGAGAGUGCAUUAAAAUGCUCAUGAACCUUG